AUGUCAGCUCUCACCAUCACUGUUGCUUGCCUCCAAAACCCCCGUGUUCCAUCUAAUGCUAGCACUGCUCCAGGCUGGAUUGUCUUUGACGUGUUUCUCUACCUUCAAGACUUAGUGCCAGCAACUAACGACACCGAUGCCAAACCUCAGCUAGCUACGGCGUUACUCUGUUACUACAACCGCAGUAUCGGGGUCAGGAAUGGUUACUCUGGGUGGAGCAAGCCAUUCGCUAAGUCCUCUAGAUCAGACAUUAGGUCCAGAUUUUCCAGUUAUUUGUGUGGGGGAUGCUUGAAGGGUCUGGUUGAAGACUUGUGUUACACAGAAGACAGUAUGAUGGUAACAUCUAUUCUAAGCUUCCAAUUGAAGCUUAGUGCUACACUGCAGAAUGGCUCCUAUAGACUUGGCCUUCAGUUGAAGUCUAGUGUUACCUACAAACAGGAAACAGCUUCACCUCAAACUCCAGCUGAGUGGGUGCAAAGGUCUUCCUGUUUUUGGGAUGCUACCUACUGCAGUCUUUAUAUACUACUGAGGGCAAUUUGCAAUUCCUAUCUGAAGCACCUUCUAAAGGUGCAGCAUUUCAAGUCCUUACAGGCAACAGAUGCUCGGCUAUGCUUGGCUAUGCUUAGCAGUGCUCAGCAGUAG